AUGCCCAGAGAGGCAGGAAACGGGGCCAGCCAGGGGGACUCGAGAGCGGCUGCACAUUACAGUCCCCCCCCGCGGCGAUCGGAGGAGCAGCGGCCCGUGGCCUGGCGAGUUUCCCCGGAGAGGAGCCGGAUUCCGGUGCAGGGACGGAGCGAGGAGUCUGAGGUGCAGGAGGCGGGGGGGGGCAGGAGGGGGAGGAGAGCACGUACGCCUCGCCUGGCAGGAUCAGGCCCCGAGUGGAGUCAGAGGCUGCAGGGCGCCCCCCAACCGGGCAGGAGGGGAAGGGGCGCAGCUGAGGGGCAGGGCAUCUGCAGGAGGGCACAGGGGCAAACAUCUCUGGCUCAGGCUGGCACGGACCCUGCCGGAGACCCUGGGGAGCUGCUCCCUUCAGUCCUGAGCUCAAGGGGCAGAAUGAGGGGUCCAAGGCAGCUGCUGCUUCCCGAUGGAUCAGCUGCGUAGCUGGGACUUUUGUCGCCCCUCUCCCUGUCCCUCAUCAGGGAGCCCAGCCCAUUUCGACGGUCCUCCCCACGGCGGAGAGGAAAGGGGAGGCAGGGGGGGGAAUGGAAGAGCAGUGUAGCAGGGAGGUGCCCCUCUCACUCUACAGCCCCUCCUGCCCCCCCUUCCUCUGCCAGUGCCAUUGAUAAACCUAUUGCCCUCCUUCGUGAAUUGGUCGCCUUUUAAAGCUCUCUUUGCCGCCGCCACCAUCACCGCAUCUUGUGGCAAUGAUGUCCAUCAGAUUCAUUUCGCAAGGAAAUGGCUUCUUUUGCCUGCCCCAAAUCAAGGUACAACUGUGCCUACACAUGGAGGUUCUGUUGAUCUGUCACGGCAAUUAAAACAGCCGAUAAAUCUAUACUCCAGAGAAUGCAUCUGAUCUUUUCCCAAGCUGUCAAAGUUAGUGACCUCUUGUGUCUGCGUGUAAAUAAGUGAGGCUUAAGCUUGUUUCGUUAAAGGUUUUAUUUCCACCUUAGUAAGGCAGCAGAGUUUUGAGAUGAAGGCUGAGGGUUGAAGUGGGUGACAGUUUUGAGAAUGCAGAGGAAAGGAGGAUUCUUAAGAAGUGUGGCAUAUGGAAAUGAAUUAAUGAUAAUAAAAACAUUGAAGACAGUAUUGUUAAAGACUGAGGAAGGCGAAAUUGAAAUUAGCUAUUCAUGUUCAGAUUAUUACUCAUUUCAUUUCUAUACUGCUUCGUAUUUUUAAGGGAAAAAAUCUCAAAGCGAUUAAAGGGAAAUCUCAUUGCAGUUUGUGUCCAUAGGAUCUUGAGAACAUUAACUCUGUAGAUCCAGGAGUUCUCUCCUCCUGAUACAUCUAGCAUACACACAAGUCUUGCAAACACAAUCAGCAUGUUUAGACCUUCCAGUCCCAGUGCUGGGCUGGAGGAGAAAUAAGAGCCCAAGAAGACCCUGCUGAAUUAGCAAUGAGAUCUGUGGAAAAAAAGACCCUUCAGAUUGUUCUUUAGAAAUCCUUUUUAAAGAGCAGCCAGAGAGAUCAUUUAUUUCCAGAGCAGGGCUUUUACCCAAUUUCAGCACUGUGCUGAUUUGUGCUGAAAUUGGAGUUUAAAAGUUCUCUCAGGGAGGACUCCCCUGAGUGAGUGCUUGAGGGCCCUGCUCUUGCCACUUACCAUCUGGCCUGGGGCGGGGCCUGAAGCCUCACAAGGACUGCUUGGUGCUUGCUGCUUGCUGCCCAGGAGGACUCCCCUGAGUGAGUGCUUGAGGGCCCUGCUCUUGCCACUUCCCAUCUGGCCUGGGGCGGGGCCUGAAGCCUCAUAAGGACUGCUUGGUGCUUGCUGCCUGCUGCCCAGGAGGACUCCCCUGAGUGAGUGCUUGAGGGCCUUGCUCUUGUCACUUACCAUCUGGCCUGGGGCGGGGCCUGAAGCCUCACAAGGACUGCUUGGUGCUUGCUGCCUGCUGCCCAGGAGGACUCCCCUGAGUGAGUGCUUGAGGGCCUUGCUCUUGUCACUUACCAUCUGGCCUGGGGCGGGGCCUGAAGCCUCACAAGGACUGCUUGGUGCUUGCUGCUUGCUGCCCAGGAGGACUCCCCUGAGUGAGUGCCUGAGGGCCCUGCUCCUUCCUGCCACUUACUCCCUGGCCUGGGGCGGGGCCUGACAGGCCUCACUAGGACAGUUGUUGUUACUGCCAGAGGGGCAGAGUAUUUUUAAAAUGUUUUUUUAAAAAAAAAAAAUUGUAUGUGGGGGGUGGGGGUGGGAGGGAUGUUUGGUUGGGCUUGGGGAAUUUUUUAUUGUUAUUAUUUUGAUGUUUUUGUAAUUUUUACAUUUUUUUGUUUGUAUUGUUUUAUUGGUUUGUUUGUUUGUUUAAGGUGUUGUUUUAUUCUCAUACAUUUUUUCAUAUGUAUGAAAGGCUGUGAUUUUCUAUUCCUAUUUCUGUAUACUUUCGUUGUCUGUUAUAUGUUUGGUGAUUUUCUUUUCUUAAAAAAUGCAAUAAAAAAAUUUUUUUUUAAAAAAAGGUGUUGUUUUGUUCUUAGGGGGAGGGGUCAGGGCUGCCGGGGAGUGGGCCCCAGCCAACAAAAUGGCUGGGGCAUGUUCCACAGGGGGGAAUGCACUGGGACAACCGAUCUCGGUGAUCACGGGUAGGAGGAGGAGUUAUGCUAAGACUAGACCAUGUCAUUACAGAGGGUGCAAGUUUAGUCGUUGUCUGAGGACUAUUCCUGCCUCCGGGUCUGGUCCUGACCGGAUGGAUACUAGAAUCAGCAAGGGAUACCCACAUGACCUGAAGGUGCUGCUGUGCAAUGCCAGGUCAAUGAUUCAUAAGACCACUGCCAUCCAUGACUUGAUCAUGGAUGGAGGACUUGACCUGGCAUGUGUAACAGAGACUUGGUUGGAUGAAGCAGAUGGGCCUGUUCUUGCCGCUGCUUGUCCACCAGGUUUCUCUUACGCACAGCAACCCAGGUCAUGUGGGUGGGGAGGGGGGGGUUGCAGUGAUUUUUAGGAAGUCAUUAGUUUGCACCAGGCGUCCUAUUGGGAAGACCCAGUUUUCCGAGUGCAUGUUCUGGAAGUUGGGCAAUAGGGGCAGUACAGGAUUCCUUUUGGUGUACCGACCUCCCUGCUGCACCAAGGAUUCCCUGCCCGAGCUGCUUCAGGUCGUGGUGGAUGUUCUCCUGGAGACACCUAGCUUGGUCGUCCUAGGGGAUUUUAACAUCCAUGCCGACACGACCUUACAAGGGGCCGCUCGGGACUUCGUGGAAAGCAUGGCCUCCAUGGGGCUGUCCCUGAAUAAGUCUGGCCCAACCCAUAGCCACGGACAUGCCUUGGACCUGGUGUUUACCUCUAUGGAUGUUGGUGAUCUGACACUAAGUAAAAGCGAAACGAAAGAAGUGCCAUGGUCAGAUCACUUCCUGGUGCAACUGGACUUCUCUGCGACCCAUCCCCUCUGCAGGGAGGUGGGACCAACUCGGAUGGUCCACCCCCACCACUUAAUGGAUCCAAAUGGUUUCCAGAGAGUGGUAGGGGAUGCUUUAUCCCAUGUUGAUGGCCUUUCAGCCGAUUCCCUGGUGGCCCGCUGGAAUGCGGAGUUAACCAGGGCUAUUGACUGUUUGGCUCCAAAGCGCCCUCUCCGAUUGCAUGGAGCCCGGACAGCCCCGUGGUUUUCCACGGAUCUGAGGGCAAUGAAACAAUCGUUGAGACGGCUCGAGCGCCGGUGGCGGAUAACUCAUUCCGAAUCUGACCGGACACAGGUUAGAGCUCAACGUCGAGCCUACCAAGUGGUGAUAGCGACGGCGAAGAAGAAUUUCUUCACCGCCUCUAUUGCAUCUGCAGAAAACAGCAGCAGGAGACUUUUUCAGGUGGUUCACAACUUAGCGGAACCACCUGCAACAUCAGGGCCCAGUACGGGCCACAUGUUCUCCUGCAAUGAUUUUGCAAAGUUUUUUGCAGAUAAAAUCGCUCAGAUUCGGGAAGAAGUAGACUCCACCGUGGGAGCAGGGCCGGGGCGGGAGAGUGCUAGAGUUCUGUCUAGUCAAGUUGAGUGGGAUCAAUUCCAAUCUGUUACCUUCGAGGAUGUGGACAGGCUGCUUGGACGAGUGAAACCAACCACCUGUCUCCUGGAUCCUUGCCCAUCCUGGCUUAUAAAAGCUAGCCGGGAAGGACUGGGCGAUGGGCUUCGUGGGGUGGUGAAUGCUUCCAUCCGUGAGGGAGCCUUCCCAGACCCGCUGAAAGAGGCGGUUAUUAAACCGCUUCUUAAAAAACCAUCUUUAGAUGCGGCCACGAUGGCCAACUAUCGCCCAGUCUCAAAUCUUCCAUUCUUGGGCAAGGUGAUUGAGCGAGUGGUUGCCAAACAACUCCAGGCACGCCUGGAAGAAGCAGACCAUUUGGAUCCCUUCCAGUCGGGAUUCAGGCCUCAUCAUGGGACUGAAACUGCCUUGGUCGCACUGGUUGAUGAUCUCUGGCGGGCUAGGGACAAAGGUGAGAGUUGUUUCCUAGUUCUGCUGGAUCUCUCAGCGGCCUUUGAUACCAUCGACCAUAACAUCCUUCUGGACCGUCUUGAGGGGCUGGGAGCUGGGGGCACUGUCAUACAGUGGUUCCGCUCCUUCCUCCUGGGCCGUGUUCAGAAAGUGGUGGGGGGGAUGAGUGUUCAGACCCCUGGGCUCUCACUUGUGGGGUGCCUCAGGGUUCUGUCCUCUCCCCCAUGCUUUUCAACAUUUACAUGCAGCCGCUGGGAGAGAUCAUCAGGAGGUUUGGGCUGGGUGUACAUCAGUAUGCGGAUGAUACCCAGCUCUACCUCUCUUUUAAAUCAGAACCGGUGAAGGUCCUUUGUGAGUGUCUGGAGGCGGUUGGGGGAUGGAUGGCGGCUAACAGAUUGAGGUUGAAUCCUGACAAGACAGAAGUACUGUAUUUGGGGGACAGGAGGCGGGCAGGUGUGGAGGAUUCCCUGGUCCUGAAUGGGGUAACUGUGCCCCUGAAGGACCAGGUGCGCAGCCUGGGAGUCAUUUUGGACUCACAGCUGUCCAUGGAGGCACAAGUCAAAUCUGUGUCCAGGGCAGCUGUUUACCAGCUCCAUCUGGUACGUAGGCUGAGACCCUAUCUGCCUGCGGACUGUCUCGCCAGUGGUGCAUGCUCUGGUUAUCUCCCGCUUGGACUACUGCAAUGCACUCUACGUGGGGCUACCUUUGAAGGUGACUCGGAAACUACAACUAAUCCAGAAUGCGGCAGCUAGACUAGUGACUGGGGGCAGCCGCCGAGACCACAUAACACCGGUCUCGAAAAACCUACAUUGGCUUCCAGUACGUUUCCGAGCACAAUUCAAAGUGUUGGUGCUGACCUUUAAAGCCCUAAACGGCCUUGGUCCAGUAUACCUAAAGGAGCGUCUCCACCCCCAUCAUUCUGCCCGGACGCUGAGGUCCAGCGCCGAGGGCCUUCUAGCGGUUCCCUCAUUGCGAGAAGCAAAGCUACAGGGAACCAGGCAGAGGGCCUUCUCGGUAGUGGCGCCCGCCCUGUGGAACGCCCUUCCAGCAGAUGUCAAAGCGAUAAACAACUACCUGACAUUCAGAAGACAUCUUUUUUUUAAAAUCAUAUUUAUUGAAAUUUCCAGAAAAAUCCAAAAUAUAAAAGAAAAAAGAAAAAAAAGAAAGAAACAUUUGCAUUUAGGCCUUACUUUCAUUAACAUCUUUCCAGGACUUCCCCACCCCACCCCCUCUUGUAUUCCAUUUCCAUUAAAUUAGUUCCACAAGUUCUUACCCCAAAUUUUAAGCUUAUUAUCAUUGACCCAAUGUUCAAUUUAAUUCAUCUUAUAUGACCACUUUCCCUCUAUAUUCCACCAUCCUUCAACUUAAAAUUUUUUUCCCCUAAGAUCGACCCCUGUUCCCUUCCACGAAUUCCCCUCUUUAAUACACAGAACAGAACGAAAUAAAAAAUAAAAAAAAUAGUUCAAAAUAUAAUUUUACACCCUUUGGAUUCCGAAUUUCCCUCCCCCCUUUCCCGGUUUCGAUCCCCAAUGUCCAUCAAUCUAUCUGCUGUCAGCCUGGAGGCUCCACAUCCAUGUCCAAAUCUCUCUCAGCUCCACUUUGCCGUCUUUUUAGUAGUCUUUGCCGUCUUUUUGGUAGUCUUUAGUUUCAAACACCCAGUCUUGGAAAAGCUCUAUCUCAAGAAGGUCCAUUUUUCUUCCAUCCAGAUCUCUAUAUUUAAGAGUAAAACUCAAAUUUUGUUUCUUAAUCCUUUUAAAUCUGAAUGUCCCAAAUGCUCCCACUUCCAGCUUAGUCCAAUUCUUGUUGUUCUCUUUCCUCACUUUCCUCAGGUUUCUUUUCCUGCUCCGCUGCAAAAACAUUCUAAUUCCAAAAGCUUCUAGUUCCUCUACAGAGGCUUUAUUUAUUCAGGAACAAAAACUUGCGUCAAGUCCCUUCCAUUCUUCAAUAGGUAUAUCUAUUGUCUCCUUUAGUGUUGAGACCUCUGUAGACAAAAUAAUGUUUCGUUUUUGCAGCUUUCCCAGGAGAUAAAAAGUCCUAUUCAGCUCCAUGAGUAUUUUUCCACUUACAGCGAUUCUUGUAGUGUCCCAAAGCCCCCUCUAGAGGGAUUAUGGUAACUUAGUUUCCUUCCAGAUCACACCCAAAAGUCAAACUAACUUGUUAUCCCUUGUUUUCAACAAUUUAUAUCCAAAUUGUAAUGAAUCUAACCGGCAAAGUCAUCGUAACAAAGUUCUUUUUUAUUCUCCAACUUUGACAGCUACUUUGACAGCUGUCAAAAUCUCUAUAUCUCCUCACCAGGCUCUCUCACGGAUCUCUCCCGGUUCCCGGGGGGGUUGCAUUUUAGCUCAUACAAUCCACUUUUCUCCUCCAGCACAAUCUUGUAAUUUUCCAUCGUGAAAUUAAUAACUUUUAUCAAUAAAAAACAGGCCCUUCUCUCGAUCUUAGUUGACAGAUCCUUGCUUUAAAUCCUCUACAACAGGGGGGAGACGGACUUCCUUUUUGCACCUCCCCCGCUCAUUCCGAAUUUAAAAAAAAAAAAAAAUUCCCUUAUAGAUCCGAUUUCCCAAUUACUCACGGGUUGUUAUUUUUAGUCCAAAUUUUCAGUGGAAGAAGUCAGCGCUCUCCGUCAAAUGGCAUGCGGCUUCGCUUGGCAGGGGAAGCGGAGGACUCAUAGCACUACACCACCCCCCAUCCCCCGCUCCGUAGCCUUUUAAAAGGCUCCUUCGCGGGUGGGGGGCGCAAACAGUGCCCGACGAGUCACCAGGUCCAUGGGCUUCUGCGCCCAUGGUUUUUGAGGGUCCCCGCGUCGCCGGCGUGGCGGGACCCAACCCCUGCCGAGCAGACUCCCUCCGGAGCUCAGAGGGAGUCCGCCAUUCGGCGAUGGCACCAACCCGGAAGUCAGAUCGUAUAAAUCUUUCGCCUUUUACAGAAGACAUCUUAAGGCAGCCCUGUUUAGGGAAGUUUUUAACGUGUGAUAUUUUACUGUAUUUUAGGUUUUUAUGGAAGCCGCCCAGAGUGGCCGGGGAGGCCCAGCCAGAUGGGCGGGGUAUAAAUAAUAAAUUAUUAUUAUUAUAUUAUCUCUAAGGGCCCUUUAGGCACCAUUCUCUCCAGGACAGAGAGAGAUCUUCAUCCUAUGAUCAGAUCAGGAGAUGUGUUUAUUUUUUUUCCAGCAGAGUGGCGUAAAAAUGGAAGAGCAGAGACCCAGGAGACCCAUUCAAAGGGAGAGACUGGAGUGCAAAUGA